GGCCCAGGCUGGGGAAGUCGCUCCCACACCCCUCCCCUAAACCGAGCCAUCUGGGAGACCCCUACCUCGGUCCCUCCCGCCCCGCGCGCGACGCGGGGAUGGCUCCGUGGCCUCACGGGAACAGCUCUCUGGCCUCGUUGCCGGGCGCCCCCACCCUGGCGCCCAGUUCCGCCAACGCGAGUGGGCUGCCGGGAGUGCCGUGGGCGGCAGCCCUGGCCGGGGCGCUGUUGGCGCUGGCGGUGCUGGCCACCGUGGGAGGCAACCUGCUGGUCAUCGUGGCCAUCGCCCGCACGCCGAGACUCCAGACCAUGACCAACGUGUUCGUAACUUCGCUGGCCGCCGCCGACCUGGUGGUGGGGCUCCUGGUGGUGCCGCCGGGGGCCACCUUGGCGCUAACCGGCCACUGGCCACUGGGCGCCACUGGUUGCGAGCUGUGGACCUCGCGGCCCCCCGGUGGCCGGCGACCCGCGCGCCUGCUGCCUCUGCGAGAGCACCGCGCCCUGCGCACCCUGGGGCUCAUCAUGGGCACCUUCACGCUCUGCUGGCUGCCUUUCUUCCUGGCCAACGUGCUGCGCGCCCUCGGGGGUCCCUCCCUGGUGCCCAGCCCGGCGUUCCUCGCGCUGAACUGGCUGGGCUACGCCAACUCGGCCUUCAACCCACUCAUCUACUGCCGCAGCCCGGACUUCCGCAGCGCCUUCCGCCGCCUCCUGUGCCGCUGCCGGCCCCAAGCGUCCCGCGCCGUCGCCUCCCCGGCCCGCGCGGCCCCGGGCGCCCCCGCGCAGUCCCGGCCGUGCCCUCCGCUCGACGGUGCCCCUGUUCCCACCCUCUGCUCCUUCAUCCCAAGGUUUAUCGUUAUGUCCAUUUUCCAGGGCUUCUUGGGGAGUUUCUUAGGCCCAAGGACAGGAAGAAGCAACAACUCCACUGAUCCAUGA